CGGAACACCAAGGAAAAACGACCCCAACUGCUAGGCAUGGAACGAAAUUCCCAUCCCGUUAAACCCCACAUCCACGAUGACGACGAUGAUGGUUUUGUUGAAUUUCGAGCUUUAAAGGCCCUCCAUGGUGAAGGACCUAAUUGGAAUGCUCCUUUCUGGAAAACACACAAGGUAUCUGAAGAAGGGUCCAAACGGCUCGUGCAGCCAUUCGCCUCCCCAUCAAACGAUGUGCCAGCAUGUCCUUCUCUCUGCUCAAAAACCACCUUCUCCGAAAGUCAAGAUGGACAAUCGUCGAUUUCUCCUUGUCGUGAGACAAUCCGAAGACCAGGCGAGCCCAAAUCCUCGACUCAUGAAUCUCCGAAAGCACCCUGUACUGCUGCUCCGUCGAAUCGAGGAACAGCACAGAUACCAAAAGCAAUCUCCCCUAAUUCAGCACUCUCGGUAGUGCCUGUCUUACACCCUACUCAUAUCCAGAAUAUUCUUGAUCCGAGACGUUUGGAAGCCCCGCCUGAAGCCCUCCUCAAAGGUCUCUGUUCCUCACCGGGUUUGCAAUCUUGGUCUCCUUACCCAACAGGAUCGAUCCCGAAGAAUCCUUGUUGUGAACUUGACGACCAUGGAUCAAACAAUUCUCAGGAUUCUCGUGGCGAGGAUCCUGCCCAAGACGUACAAGAGUUUGAGUCGGAUUGGGAAACAGUUACUGAAGGUUCCACUUCCUCUCGCUGUUCAACUCCCUCGCACGCCUUAGUCGGCGGUAUGACCAGUUCGCCUCCUAUUGGGUCUUUGCAGUCCGGCAUUGUCCGUUCCCUUGCCUGGAUUCUCAAUCCAUUUCCCAUUACAGCUGGCAGCCUUCGGGCCGUCACACUUAACGACUGUAUGGGGCAGGGGGCCGGGAGGUCCCAGUUUGGCACAGCAACAGACACCGCCGGGUCUUCUUCAAGCGGCGGCAGUAGUCAAACAGGAGCAGGCAACAAGCGAUCCAUCGGAUCGUCCGACGGAGACCAAGGCCAUGACGAGAAUAACGAUCAAGCUCGCAAGCAUUUUAAAGGAGGGCAGACAGGAGCCGCCCUGGCCGGCCCAACAUCGUCGAAAAGAUUUGCUUGUCCGUUCCAGAAGCUGAAAGGACAGGCAAUCCCCCACUGCUCAAUGCCCAGCUACCAGAAUCGUUCUGGGGGAUACGAGACUUUCAGUCGUGUCAAAUCGCACGUCCUUAAGCGCCACAAUCCGGCAGUAUGGUGUCAUCAUUGUUGGUCUUUUUGCAAGACGGAGGAGGCAGCACGACAACACGAGUCGGAGACAAAAUGCUCCACCGCUUCCUGCCAGGAGACCCUCAUGGCGCCCCAUCAAGUGGCUCACAUUCGGAGGGUAUUCAAGCACGGAACAGACGAGGACAAAUGGUACAACCUCUUCGAGUACCUUUUCCCUCACCUUUUACCGACUAUCUAUACCCCAUACUAUGAUCCUGUUCUGCCAUAUGCGCCAACUCCGUCGCAGUUUUCUCUGCAGAGCGAAUCCAGUGGGUCUGGAUCUACUGCAUCUCAGGUUUACCGAGGUCAGGGAUUCACCACUAGUUCAAACACAGCUGCAGAAGACAUACGCGACCCAGCGGACCUUGAUAUGUCGGCUGAAUUUAGCAACGAUGCAUUGGCUAUGCCCUUGUCCUACAUCCCAGAAGACUCGGCCACGAACUCUGAUAUGGCCACAUACGCAUCACUAGCUGCAGCUGCGCCAAUGCAGUUGUCAAGUGCCUCAGCAUUCGGGUUCGAGAGCAACACAGAGGGCUUCAUUCAGCCACAGCAGGCAACAGCACUAACUCCAACGUUGCCCAAUUCGAACAUUCCUGAAAGCCAAAAUCAGGAGGACAACCCACACCGCCAAAUCAUCAUGGAGCUACAACAAAACAAUAAGCAACUCCGCAGCGAGGUGGAGCGCUACAGGCGAAUAAUUCAAGAAGCUCGCGAGCACACAGAUCGGCUGAGUGAGCUGCAGGAAGGCUUUGCCAUUGAGCUACUGUCAUCACGACCAGAGCAUCAAGGUAGAGUAAAGGAGCUUUUCUCUGUGGUAAGAGGUCUCAGGAAUUCGUUGGGUUGACUCGUCUACAACAAGUGCCGGGGGCCUCACCUGGACGAGUCGUCAAUAGAAUAAUUCCAUCUACU